GUCAUCAUGAACCCCCGCUUCUGUGCCCUGCUGGUUCUAAUCUCUCUGCUCAUCAGCACUGUGGAUGCCCUGGUACACACUCUGAUGUUGCUGCAUCUGUCUUUCUGCAAACAUCUGCAGAUCCCCCACUUCUUCUGUGAACUAACUCAGAUCAUCAGGAUGGCCUGUUCUGAUGCUCUCAUCAAUAACAUUGUUGAAUUUUUAGCAACCAUCUUCUUGGGUAUUGCUCCUCUCUCCGGGAUAAUUUUCUCUUAUGCUCAAAUUGUCUCUUCCAUCUUCAGAAUCCCAUCAACUGAUAGAAAAUAUAAAGCUUUUUCUACCUGUGGGUCUCACCUGUCAGUGGUUUCCUUGUUCUAUGGGACUUGUAUUGGGGUUUAUCUUAGUUCUGCUGUUACUGAUUCUCCCAGAAUGAGUGCCAUGGCCUCGGUGAUGUACACUGUGGUCACUCCCAUGCUGAACCCCUUCAUUUACAGCCUGAGGAACAAGGACAUGAAGGGAGCCUUGAGAAAACUCACCUUGGGGACAUUUUUAUUGUUGUGA